CCGUAAACUCCCACGUGACGUAGAAUGGCUCGACUUUCGGUUUACUGAAGAAAAUACCCGUGCGUGAUUUCCGAAAAACAAGAAGUUUUCAACAUGAAUGCGCUUUAUCCAGAUGAUGAACCCACAGUAACACUAACCAAUGGCAUUGAUUUGAAUGAUUUACGUAACCCAAACACAAAUGGAAUAGAAUUUGAAGUCCAAGACGAGUCUAAAGAUAAAGAGGAUGACACGGAUGUCUAUCAGGUAUUUAACCAGGAUGAUGUCUUUAAGAAUAUGUAUCAAGAUGAUUACAGUCUGGAUGAAGAAGAAAUGGAUCCGUUCGAACGAAUUAAACUCAAGAUGUCUGAUAUCAGCAGUGGUGAUGGCGGAGUCAUGAAAAGAAUUUUAUCUCCUGGUUCGGGGAACGUUGUAACACCAGAAUCACUAGUCAGAGUCAACUAUAACCUGUAUCUAGAAGGAAGUGAUGAACCAUUUGAUUCAACCAGAUUGCGAGGAGAAGUUUUCAAGUUUCGACUUGGCCAAGGAAUGGUGAUAACAGGAUUAGAAAUAGCCGUAUCAUCAAUGAAAAAGGGAGAGAAAUCACAGUAUAUAUUUACCCCAGAUUAUGGUUAUGGUAAAAUGGGGUGUGGUAACCGGAUACCAGGAAAUUCUGCAAUUUUAGGCGAAGUGGAGUUAAUGAGUUUUGUAGAACAGGAAGGUGUGGAUGAUUUCUAUAAUAUGACUGAGAUUGAACGUAAGUACAUUACUUUGGAACAGAUUCUAAAAGUUUGUCGAGCACAUAAAGAUGAUGGGAAAGCCUGCUUUCAAGCCAAACAAUAUCAGAAAUCUUUUACACGUUACAAGAAGGCAGCGGAUGUUCUAGAGAUGUAUCAUCUGAAGAAUGAGAAAGAAGAAGAAAGUCAACAGAAGAUGUUAUUAAAACUUUAUCUCAAUCUGUCAUUAUGUUGUUUAAAUCUGUGUCACAGUGGUCGAGCUAUCAGUUAUUGUAAAAAGGUGCUCGAGCUUGAUAAAAACAAUUGUAAAGCAUUGUUUAGAUUUGGAAAGGCGUUACGACAAGUACAGGAGUUUGAUAGGGCGAGAAAUUAUUAUAAACGUGCACAGAAACUUGAACCCCAUAAUAAAGAGAUUAACAAUGCUCUGGUUGAAUUAGAUAAUAUCGUGCAGAAAAAUAAAGCAAUAGAAGAGACAUUUUGUCGUAAAAUGUUUACAGCUUCACUCAGUGAUGAUAAAGAAGAUAAACCAUUAGAAUCAAAACCUGAACUAACUGGUAUCAAUCCUGGAUUUCAAGAGAGUGUUGAAAACGCAUUGAAGGCAUUUCAUGAUGAUCAUACUUCCAUGGAGAUGCCAUUUCCACCAACACAGCUGACAGGACCAGAAGUCAACUGUAUUUUAGAGACGGCUAUAAAAUAUGGACUGGAUGUUCGACAGUUUGGUUCGGGAGGUAAUAUGGAGAUGAAGAUUAUGAAAAAAAGACCUGAUAAUCCAAUUAAAAGUAGUAAGGAGAAGUGGUGAUCAUCCAGUCUUAUAAAGACUGAAAUACUUUGUAUGAGAACAAGCUUUUGGCUACAUUUGCAAGGCACUUGGUGGUACAAAGGUUUUAACAGGUGUAAAUAGAACCAUUUUACAACACAAAUCUGCUGAACUGUGGUGUAGAGAAAUUUACAUUCACUUUUACAACUUACAUGUAUAGCUGUUGAUAUGUAUGGCUGUUGACAUAUGGCCGGAAUUCAGUUUUAAUCCAUUUUAGUUUAUUUGAGAGAGUUAUAGCUGUUGAUGUGUGGCUGUUGAUAUGUAUGGCUGUUUACAUAUGUAGCUGUUGACAUAUGGUCCGAAUUCAGUUUUAAUAAAUUUUAGAUAAUUUAGUUUUUUUGAGAGAGUUUUGGUUUUAAUUAGACUAUCAUUAUCUCCUCUUUAUGCGGAUCUGGGCACUCUCCAGUAUUUUAAUUUUCAUCAGCUAUGUAUGAUUUCUGGUUAUCGGAGAUGUGUUGACCAGAAGAAUGAUGUUUUUUUUAUUCCAACGGGCCUGGAUAGAAAGAUUUUAGUUUGACAUUUUUUUUUAAAGAAGUUAUCCUAGAUAUAUUUUAUAAAUCGGAUAUUGAUAAAAUAAAUAAAUAAAGAUAACAAUAUGGGAUAAAAAUUACUUAACUUUUAUUAUAACUAUAAUAAUAUUAUCUUUUUUUAUUUCAUGUUUUUCAAUUAUUAAAUAUCAUUAACGCUUGUUAUUAUAUAAAAGUAUUAAACAUAUUUUUAUAGCACAUCAGCAUAUUAUGAUUUUGUUAUAAAAUGAUCAUUUGUUUCGGGAAGAGUGGCUUCUUUUAAGUGUAUCAUAGAUUAUCCUAUGGCAAAUAGAUUAUUAUUUUGUUGAUUAUCAACGUUUCCGUGGAUUAAUGGAUGAUCCCUGUGGAUUAAUGAUGAUUUCUGUAGUUUAUUGACAAUUUCUGUAGAUUAAUGAUAAUCCCAGUGGAUUAUUGAUGAUUCCCACAGAUUAAUGAUGAUCACAGUUAUUAAUGAUCCCUGUUGAUUAUUGACAUUUCUCAUGGAUUAAUGAUAAUCCCUAUUGAUUAUUGACGACCCCUGUGGAUUAUUACCGAUCCCUGUGGAUUAUUGACGAUUCCCAUAGAUUAUUGACAAUCCCUGUGGAUUAAUACAGAUCCCUAUGGAUUAUUGACGAUUACCGUGGAUUGUUUUCGAUCCCAUGGAUUAAUUAAGAUCUCAGUGGAUAGGUGACAAAUCCUUGGGAUAAGUGAUGGUCCCCAAAGAUUUCUACUUUCAAUUAGUUAAAACUUGCCUUAAAUCUAUGUCUUGUUCUGAAUCGUAGUACCUGAAAGAUGAAGUAAAAAUAAACUUCUUUAAUGAUGUGUUUUGUUUAAUGCAUGUAAAACUCCAUAUUUUUGUUAUAUCAUGUUUUAUAAAAUAUUUUAUGUAAAAAAAUAAAUCAAUUAUGAUAUCUUUUGUUAACCUUA